AACUCAAAGACCAGCCUUAAGGAUCUGAAGGUUUCUGACAAUGGGGUUGAGGCAAAUCGUUUUUGGAUUAGUGUUUGUUCUGGCAUUUGACUUGUCUGCACCACAAUGGCGAGGAAGGUCAACACAUAAUCAGUACCCAGAUACAUUUAAGCCUUGGUCAUUAGCACAAGCUCCUCAACAGAUUGAAUCCAGGAUCCCUCAGGUUCCCCAGAGAUAUGACCCCAGCAGCACUGGAUUUGCAGCACAAGGGUUUGGUGGCCAGACACCAGCUAGGAGUGACUUUGCAAGGCCUUCUCAAGAUCUUUUUGGUGUUCAGUCAAAAGAGCUGAUGAUGGGUCCAGUAGCAAAACUGACAUGGAGCUUUCCAAGACUACCAGAAGAACCACAACAACCAGAUAUUCCUUUUGAGUUGCGUCAUCCUGUCCCUGCCAACAGUGUAGCAGCUCAGUGUGGGGAGACUUCAAUAUAUGUGGAGGUGAUGGAAGACUUCUUUGGAACUGGACAACCGCUGAUGCCCUCUGCUUUUUCACUGGGAGGCUGUUCUGCAACUGGAGAGGAUCCUUCUUCUCAAGUGCUCAUCUUUGAGUCUGAACUGCAUGGAUGUGGCAGCACAUCAUGGAUGACGGAGGAUGAACUCGUCUACACGUUCUCCCUCAUCUACACCCCGCAACAGGCUUCAUAUAGUGGUCCUAUUAUCAGGAGCAGUGGUGCGGUAGUUGGUAUUGAGUGUCAUUAUGCAAGAGUGCAUAAUGUGAGCAGCGACGCCUUAAUGCCCGCUUGGAUCCCAUAUGCCGCUACUAUAGUUGCGGAGGAACUCCUGCUCUUCUCCCUCAGGCUCAUGACUGAUGAUUGGAGAUUUGAGCAACCUUCUAACCAGUACUACCUGGGAGAUUUCAUUAAUAUUGAGGCUUCCGUGAGGUCGUACAACCACGUUCCUCUUCGUGUGUUUGUGGACAGCUGUGUGGCUACUUCAGUCCCUGAUACAAAUGCUAUCCCCAGAUAUGCCUUCAUUGAGAAUAAUGGGUGCCUAGUUGAUGCCAAGCUCACAGGCUCCGGCUCUCAAUUCAUGCCCCGCACACAAAUUGACAAGCUGCAGUUUCAGCUGGAGGCAUUCAGAUUCCAACAAGAGAUUAGUGGAUUUGUCUACAUCACUUGUGUUCUCAAGGUAGCUGCAGCAUCAGCCCCUACUAAUAUUGAGCAGAAAGCUUGCUCCUUUUCUGCUAACCGGUGGGUGUCUGCCGACGAGGAUGAUCAGGUGUGCAGCUGUUGUGAUGCAACCUGUGGCAUCAGGAGCGGAAGUGAUCAGCUUCUUAAAGAUCUGCGGUGGGACAGGGCCUCUGUUGGCCCCAUCAGAGUCAAGGACUAUGCUUUUGGUCCAAUGUAACUUCACUGCACAAUGGCGAAAUAAAAUCCUCUUAAUCAUA